AAUAUUUUUAAUUUACUAGUUGUAAACAUUAUUGCAGUAUUUGAUUUAUGGAACUAAUUUAAAUUUAUAAACGAAAAUAUUUUAAACAAAUUGUUACGAUGAUGGAUGAUUAUAAAGGAACUAUAAUGUUUGAUAUAGGGAAAAAUGAAAUGUUUAACAUAAAUGAUAAUUUAAAGACCUUGAGAAUAAAACUGAAGAACUCUUAUAAUAUUAAAAUUAAUAAAAAUGAUAUUACUAUGGAUGAGUUAAAUGGUAUAGAACUAGUUGUAAUUGGUGCGCCUCGUGCUAUGUUUUCUGAGGUUGAAUUCAAUUGUCUACGCAAUUUUAUAGAUAAUGGUGGAUCUAUUUUAGUAAUGUUAUCUGAAGGAGGAGAAAAAGAACUACACACUAAUAUAAAUUAUUUAUUAGAAGAGUAUGGAAUAAUGGUCAAUAGUGAUUAUGUAUUACGAACACAUUAUUACUUAUACUUUCAUCCAAAAGAGUGUUUAGUGCAAGAUGGUGUUGUCAAUGAAGCUGUAGCUGAAUAUUUGGGAAGAAAAAAAUACGAUACUUCUAGAUGUUUGAGUUUUGUUUUUCCUUAUGGAGCUAGUUUAAAUGUGGCUAAGCCAGCAGUAUCUAUUUUAACUAGUGGUUCAGUUGCUUAUCCUCUCAAUAGGCCAUUAUGUGCUUUCUAUUCAUCCAAAUAUUCUAGUAAAGAUAAAAAGGGAAAAAUAGCUGUAAUUGGUUCUGGCCAUUUAUUAACCAAUAAAUAUAUUAACUGGGAAGAAAAUGAUAAAAUAUGUGAACUUUUGUUUGAUUUUUUAAUUACAGACAAAAUAACAUUGAACGAAACUGAUGCCAAUGAUCCUGAGACAUCUGAUUACAAAAUGAUUCCAGAUAUUGGAAUGUUGUCAACAUGUGUUCGAACAUGUUUACUUUUACAAGAAAAUUUAAAUACAGAGCAUUUUAUCUUAUCAAAUGACAAUAUUAAUUCAUUUAUAAAUACAAAAUUAUGCUCUCUCGAUACUUUAUUAUUACCUGACACAUUGAAAGCAUUUAAAAUACUUAAUGUUCCUCAUAAUCAAUUGCAACUUAUUCCGCCAACACUUAACAAUACCUUACCUAUACUUCAAUUAACCGUUUAUCCACCUCAAUUUCAAGAACUUCCAUCACCAUUUUUGGAAUUAUUUGACUUGGAUGGUGUUUUUGGAUCAGAAAAAAUUUUAUUAGCCAAGUCAGCAUUGAAAUAUACAGUUUUAGAAUCUAGUGAGCAAGUUGAAGACUAUAUCCAUCAAUUUAUUACUAACUCUAAUGAAAUAUUAUCUAUUGAUAACUUUACUAAUGAUUGUAAAAGUAUUAUUGAGUUUGUCUUUCGGAUGAUUGAUAAUCACAAAAAGGAUUAUUUAUGCUAUGAAUGUAUUCAAAUAUAGAAUGAAUAAUUAGGUAAUUUUAGGUCUCUUAUUCCUAUUUUUUUAUAUUCACACAUAUUUUAAAUACUUUAUCAAAAAUUGGUAGAGAAAUAGUAGUUUU